ACUUGUACUCAUUGAAUAACUUGAAUGACUUGUAAAUAUAAGCAACCAAGUCCCUCUGUUGGGCCUAUAAAUUUUCAGUAUUGUGUCAUCAUAUUGAGGAAAAAAUUAGUUGGUUUUUUUUCUCAGCAGAUAGAAAUUAAGAUGGACAGGUAUAGAUGCUUUGGGGGAUUUUCCCUUCAUGGGUUUGUUUUGUUGCGAGCGUUCGUUUGUGUUAUAGUUCCAAGAGCUCAAGGAUGGAGCAAAGAGGGUCAUAUUAUGACAUGCCGGAUUGCACAGGCACUUCUAGAGCCUGAAGCAGCAGAAGCCGUUAGAAAUUUACUACCUCACGACGUCGAUGGCGACUUGUCUGCUCUCUGCGUAUGGCCAGACCAAAUCAGGCAUUGGUACAGAUACCGGUGGACUAGCCCACUUCACUUCAUUGACACACCUGAUAAUGCUUGCAACUUUGACUACUCAAGGGACUGUCAUGAUACACAUGGCUUGAAGAACAUGUGUGUUGCUGGUGCCAUCCAAAAUUUCACCUCUCAGCUUUCACACUACACAGAAGGAACCUCUGAUCGUCGAUAUAAUAUGACUGAGGCCUUGCUUUUCUUGUCACACUUCAUGGGAGAUAUCCAUCAGCCAAUGCACGUUGGAUUCACGACAGAUGAGGGAGGAAACACAAUAGACUUGCGUUGGUUCAGACACAAAUCAAAUCUCCACCAUGUAUGGGAUAGGGAGAUUCUACUGCAAGCCCUGAAGGACUAUUAUGACAAGGACAUGGAACUCCUCUUACAAGACAUACAGGGAAACAUCACAGAUGGAAUCUGGUCUGAUGAUGUUACAUCAUGGCAACAUUGUGAUGAUCACCCUUCAUGUGUAAACAAGUAUGCUACAGAGAGUAUAAACAUAGCUUGCAAGUGGGGUUACAAGGAUGUCGAGAAGGGUGAUACUCUAACAGAUGAUUACUUCCUUCCUCGGCUACCUGUUGUGGAGAAGAGGAUUGCUCAAGGUGGAGUCCGCUUAGCUGCCAUCCUCAAUCUCGUCUUCUCUUCUCAAGAAACACAAGUUGGUGAUGAAGCAUCACGUUCACCCACCUAACCUAACUGUACAAUACAAGCCAAUGCCAUCAUCAACUAGUAGUCUACAAGUUACACCAAAUUGUGCUUUAGAAAAUUGCUAUUUCACUUCAUUCCUAAUUUAUAAAUUAUGUGUAAAAAUUAUUUUGCAACUGUAAUAUCACUUGGCGUGUUGACAUAGUAACGUAGUGUUACGGAUCCCUAAUAAAAAAGAUAACAUUUUUUUUCCAACCCUUGUAAGUUUGCUCCACUUUUUAAUGAAAUAACAAUAAUGUUCUCAAA